AGCAUCAAUAUUUUAUCCGUGUCAAUAAGAGGCAACGGCAGCAGAGACAGCGGCUGCAGCGCUCCAGUCCACAGCUCGCAGCAGUCAGGUCCCAGCCUUGCAACCACCAUGGAUGUCUUCAAGAAGGGCUUCUCCAUUGCCAAGGAAGGUGUGGUGGGUGCCGUGGAGAAGACCAAGCAGGGAGUGACGGAGGCAGCAGAGAAGACCAAGGAGGGGGUCAUGUAUGUGGGCACCAAAACCAAGGAGAACGUGGUACAAAGCGUAACCUCAGUGGCUGAGAAGACCAAGGAGCAGGCCAAUGCCGUGAGUGAAGCUGUGGUCACCAGUGUCAACACAGUGGCCACCAAGACUGUGGAGGAGGCGGAAAACAUCGUGGUCACCACCGGGGUCGUACAAAAGGAGGACUUGAAACCUGCCCCUGCACAGGACCUGGAGGCCAAAGAGCAAGUGGAGGAUGAAGAGGCCAAGAGUGGAGGAGACUAGCAAGCAGCCAAUCAGCCACAGAGGCCCAAGGGACACCCUCUGCCUUGGACCCUGUCCCAAUCUGACACACUGACUGCCCUGCCUAGAGUGCCCCGUGGGUUGCUCAUGUUCUCUGCCCGGUAGCCCAGUGCCACAAGCCUAUCUACCCACGCUACUGCCAGCGCCAGCGCCCCCUGCUGGCUCCUUCUGCCCUAUGGUCCUCAUCACAGAUCUGAUGCUGCUGUGAAUUUUUUUUUUUUUUUAAUGAUUCCGAAUAAAACCUGAGCCCCACUCCCA